CCUCAACACCAGAACCUCAAAAAAAUACUAUUAAGAAAGAAUAAAUUUUCAAAGCAAAGAAAAGCAGCUAUUCAGCUAAGGUGUGACGAUAUGAAGUUCACGACGUUAAUACUUAUCACAUUCGUGACAGUCGCCAUGUCGUCUCCUUUUCUGAUCAAAGCAACCGCAGUUGGAGAUUUCGGAGAAGUGGCACCAUCGUGUAUUCCGAUGGAGCUCUGGUCGUGCUUACCGACAAUAAGCAUGGGAGGGGAACCAACUAAAAAUUGUUGCGACAAUCUGAAGGAGCAAAAACCAUGUCUAUGUGGUUAUAUUAAAAAUCCGGAGUAUAGUUUGUUUGUUACUUCUCCAAACGCUCGUAAGAUGAUAGAUGCUUGUAAGAUUCAUAUUCCGAGUUGUUGAAGCUCUCAAGAUAUUCCUAAGAAAAAAAAUUAUUAUUAAUGAUAACAAAUAUCAAAAGUGAAACUUAUGUAACAAUGAGUUAAAUGAUGAUGAUGGUUGGGACCUUGGAGUUUAUCAU